AUGUGUCAAUCUCAUGUGUGCAUUUCCUUUGACCAUUUCCAUUGGCUAUUUACCUGUCAUAACAAAAAGUAUAACCUAUAAAUAGGACAAUAAUUUGUACUUUAUUUGGCUAUUAGAUAUUCGUCAAUGUUAAAUCAAUAUGAAAAUGAAGAAAUCAAAAGCAACGCCACGCCCGAAAUUUGUGAAUGUUCGUAAAGCUUUACGCAAGGAGAAAAGACAACUAAAAAAAGUUCAUAGGCAGGAGCACUAUUUGAAGAAGAAAAAUGAACCGAUUUAUACUGCUGGUCGAUUUGUUAAACGACCAACUGAUACACAAGACCCAGAAAUUGAAGUUAAGAAGAAGAAAAAAAAACAAGAAACUGGUAUCCAUGAUAUUCUUAACCGUGAACGGAAAAAAGAGCUCAAUGAAGCAGAGAAGUUGAAAUCUCAAAUGGAUGAACAAAGAAAAGAGAUUCUUCUCAGGGCCAAUGAGGAUGAGGAUAAAGUUAUAAAGAAAUUAGAGAAACAACUUGGAUUGAAUAAGUCAAAGAAUAAAAAUAAUUAUUUUGCUGAUGAUGGGCUUGAUUAUGUUUUAGAAAUUUGUGACAGAGCUACCUCUGAACAAAUUGUUGCUGCCGAGAAACAUUUGGCUGAAGUGGAUCAAGAUUCAGAUUUUGAUGAAGACCUAGCUGCUGUCACUGGUAAAGAUUUAAAGAAAGAUAAAAAAUCCAAAAAGCAAAGUAUAAAUAAAAAAGAGAUGGAUGAAAGUGAGUUAGAUGAUGAAGAUGAUGAUCAACCACAAAGUGAUGAAGAAGCAGGUGAAGAUGAAGAAAGUCUCCAGGAUGAACAACUAAGUGAUGAAGCAAGUGAUGAUGACAUUGGUAGUCAUGAAAGUAACAGCGAUAAUGAUGAGGACAUCGAGGAUAGUGAAAAUUCUGCAGAUUUAGAAAAUACAAAGGCUAAUGAUAAGAAAACCAAACCUAAAAUGGUUAAGAGUAUAGAAAAAGUUAUAUCAGAAGAGGAACUUGGUAAAGUAUUCAGUGAUGAUGAAGUUUCCCAUCUCUCUGGUGAUGACUCGGAAAUGGAAGAUAAUGAAAUGCAGAGCAACAAUAAAAAAUCUAAAGAAAAAGAAAAACCAGAUGUUUGGGAAGAUAUAUAUGGAAGAAAAAGGGAUAAAGAGGGGAACAUUAUAAAGGAAGAGAAAGGAAUAUACAUUCCGCCGCAUUUAAGAAACAAAGAUUCCAGUUCAGAAAAGGAGUUGGCUCAAUUGAAGCGACAGAUUAAAAGCAUACUUAACAAGCUAGCCGGCACAAAUCUCCACUGGGCGUGCACGUCCAUAGAGAACCUGUACCUAAGCAACAGUCGUAACUCCGUGAACAGUGCGCUAACUUGUCUAUGGCUAGACGCGACUGUAAGUGUCGCGAGCACGCCCGAUCGAAUGGUCGCGGAGCAUGCGGCGUUAGUGGCGGUCUUACAUGCAAAUGUGGGUUCAGAAGUGGGGGCACAUUUUCUAGAAGUGCUCUCCAAACAGUUCGAUACGAUGACGUUAGAUGAUCAGCCAAUGGAAGACAAGAGGCUGGACAAUCUGGUCUCAUGUCUGGCGCACUUGUAUAGCUUUAAGAUCUACCACGCGUCCCUUCUCUACGAUAUCCUGGGGCGUCUAGUGCACGACCUAACCGAGAAGCACAUAGACUGUGUACUAACUGCCCUCAGAUGUGUUGGGGGUGUUUUGAGGAAAGAGGAGCCUCUUGCUUUGAAGACUUUCAUACAAGACACUCAGGGGAAGAUCGCCAAGUUGAAUGAGAAGGCUGGUGCUGGGUCGCGUAUAAAGUUUUUAGUAGAAGUGUUGCUAGCUGUGAAGAAUAAUAACCUGUCCAAAAUACCCAACUACGAUCCCACUUAUGUGGAACAUUUGAAGAAAAUGACAAAAGCUGUUGUUCGCAAAGGGAACUAUGUAACGCCUCUGAACAUACGAUUGGAGGAUUUGUUACGAGCUCACGAGCGCGGCAAGUGGUGGGUAGUGGGUUCCGCAUGGGAGGGGGAAAGGAAUGUAGAGGAGCCGGUCAAGCGUGUGCCGGCUCACGACGAGAAACUACUGCAGCUCGCGCGCGAACAGAGGAUGAACACUGAUGUUAGAAGGAGCAUAUUCUGUGUCAUGAUGUCCGCUGAAGACUACAUGGACGCGUUUGAGAAACUCCAGCAUCUGGGGCUUCGAGGUCACCAACAGAGGGAGAUAGUUCACGUGUUGCUGGCUUGUUGCCUUCAGGAAAAGAUCUACAACCCGUACUACGCCGUAUUGGGCAUGAAACUGUGCGAUACUGAUAGGAAAUACCAGCUUUCAAUACAAUACUCAGUAUGGGACAAGAUAAAAGAAUUAGAUGACUUGUCUAAGCAGAGCAUGAGUAACUUGGCGCAGUUUCUUACUCACCUUAUAAUGGAGAAAGGACUACCAUUGUCUGUUUUAAAGAUUAUACAAUUCUCCGAUCUAAACAAGCGCACGGUACGUUUUAUGCGUCAAAUAUUGCUAGCAAUAAUAAUGAAUGAGGACUUGCAAGCCUCUCUUGAGGUAUUCCAUAGAAUAUCGAAGCCGCCAAAAUUACACAUGUUUAGAGAGAGCUUGAGGUUAUUUAUCCAACACUUUUUAAUUAAAAACGCUGGCAAGAAAAGCAACGUUUUAAGCGAGGGUGAUAUGGCAACUCUGAAGGAUCGAAGCAUGGAGGUGGACAAAAUAUUGACUAUGUAUGAGAAUAAGUUGAGAUUUUAAUAAACUGUUUCAAAUUA